UCCAAUAGCUCAGGUAACAAUCCAAAUGGCCGAUCGCCACAGCGAUGUCGAGCGCGCGUUUCGAGGGGCGCUGCUACGGGUCUGCAACGAAAUGGGAGAAGAUACAUGGAAAGGUUGCUGCUUCUUGUACGACAUUCCGGAGCGGGUUCGUGAGGGCAGCCGGAGCGACGCGCUGGAUCAUCUUCUAAAGACUGGUAAACUGAGCAGCGAGCGACCGGAAGAGUUCGCCAAACAGCUUCGCCUGAACCUCAGUCACACCGACCUAGCCGAGAAAUUUACAGGAUUUCUUUCCGAAGACCCCGCAACGCCGGCCGUCGUAGAGACGAGAGAAGGCGCAAAUCGUCGUAGGACGAACGACGACCAUCGCCGAUACGCGAAACAUUACUCCCAAGUUCCCGAACUACCAGAUUCCGACAUGCCGCAGGAGGUGCCAGUAAUGGAAGAUGGAACGGACGGACAACCAAUCACGGCGACGGACGAAGAUCUCGCGCCCUUCCCAAGGCCACGGACUACGAACAUCGUCGGCUCAACCCGCGGGCGUUCGGUUUCCAAAAGACAUGAUUCGAUAAUCAGCAUGAUGUCAUCUCGCUCCAGCGGCUACUACAGCCAGCGAGACUCGGUCCUAUCAAUGCAGUCCCACUACGACGCGGAUAGCGAGUCACCGCAACUGGUACCAGAGGAGGAACAAGAGAGGGAGGGAGAGGGAGUCGCGCUAGAUCGGCAAGACUCUUUCCCAAGAUCAGCAUCCUUCCAGUCGUCCUCAUCUUCGUCCAUGGAGGAAGAGUUUCGUUCAGUUCGUUCGUCAUCUCUCUCCAGUAUAUCGACCUUUGACUGUGACUCAUUACCACGAGAAGUUCACAGUGAGUACGAAACUCCCACAUCCCUUACCCCGACUCCAGAGACACGGAAGAGAGGGGAAACCCCCCAACAAUAUGGUGGCGUCUCCGACACACAGCACGGUACGGAAGACAGACACGAUCAUUCUGAAAUGCCGCGACCUCAUCUCAGACAUCGACCAGAGACUUAGGACAAAGUCUACUGCAGCCUGGCGACCCCGGAGAGGAGCAGACACGGAAUCGAUUUCAAGAUGAAGUUUAGUCCAAUCAACCCUAGCGGAUACCGGUGCUUGCUCACUGAACGUUGAAGUUCGAAGUCACAUGGACAAGAAGCUUAUUCCACCCCUCGAUAUCUCCGUCUGCGUGGUGGAGUCAAGCCACGCGGCCCUCGCUAGGGAUUUAUCACUCCGCGAGGAAAAGAAUCGCUUGGCAUACGAGCAGCGCCCAAUGAGAGGCAACAACCUGGUUAUCCAGGGAAAGUUUACAGCUCUCUUCCCCAACUUGGUCGAUCAUCAGAAGCUCCGACAAGUUUCGUCAGAAUUUGUCGCUAUACAGGUUGCUAUGGAGUACACCACCACAGUCCACCCCAGCCACACCCCCUAGUGGAGAUCAGAGAAUUAAUUACUUUUUUUGGUGGAGUAAAUUACUCCGUUUUUUCAUCGCACUUAACGACAGGACUCAAUUACAAUAGGUCCUCUACCAAGAAACCUUGACAUGUUGUACACAGGUAGUUAACCUUUCGAGUAAAGGCACCUCAAUGUUUGGUUGGUUACUUCAUGUUUCUGUGGAAUGUUUAAGUUGAAUUAUAACUGUGUUGGCACACCAUUAUUGUCACGCAUCCUUUAUGCAACUAUGCAACUUAUCAUUGUCGUUUGUAAAAUUGUUAUAAUGCUGAUAUCGGGAUUGAAUAUUUAUUUGGUGUUUUUUUUUGUUAAUAUUGAGAUUCAAUGACACGGUUGCCAAGCAAACUCGAGAAAUAUGUAGUGAUUAAUUCAGCAGUAAACGGAUUUUC